AUGGAAGCACUUGGUAUCUACGUGUCUAGUGACGAGGAAGAGACACGACAAUCGAACAUAAACAAUGCUACGAAUUCUCCAGUCUUUUUCCUACCUGUGAUCGAUUCUUCACCUUGUAUGACAGUCUCUAACAGUCAAGAACAUGAAAACAAAACGGCAUUUCUCAAAGCUGGAACACAAACACAAUUGACUGUAAAUUUGCCGGUAGAGUCGACUUUAGCUCCAUUUGUUGGACCACAGAGUACAAACUCAAGGGAAGUGGCGAUGAUGGAUCCACUACGCGUUGGAAGCGGCAAGGAAAUCGUUACGGGUGUCGUGGAACAAACAGCUAUGGAAGAUUACAGCUUUGAGGCACAAUAUCAUACAUUUAAUCACUCUCUUGGUCGUAAUCGCACUCGAAAUCGAGUCAACGGAGCUCCACCAGCUGCUCCAGCAUUACCUGGAGAGAAGCUUGUUGAUGCAAUUGUUGCACCAGACGAAGAAAAUGUUUUUACCAGACCAAACACUAGAAAGAGAACGAACGAGACAAUUGCCAAGGAACGCAGAGCUGCAGAAGAUUAUGGAAAUGAAAGUACGAGUAGUAUAUGGGCACCAUAUAAUGAUAAGGGCAAAUACUUGACCGAUGCAGAGCAGGGAACAUUGAGUGAACAGCAACAAGCACUUUUAAAGGAACAUCAGGAAGCAAAGCGACGCAAGGCUGAAGCAAAAGAUGAAAUGGACGAUGAAAUGGACUUUGACCGGAUGGUUGAGAAGAAAACGGGGCAUUUGUUACCUGCUAGACUAAAGGCAGGACAGAAGGCACUGGAAGGAAAGUCGACGUUUUGUGGAGAUCACGAGUACGAUUAUCAAGGACGUGCAUGGGUGGAGCCUCCACGUACGUUGAAACCUGACGAUGGCGAUCACCAGGUUUUCUUGCCCAAGCGUUGUGUGCACAAAUGGACAGGACAUACAAAGGGUGUGCAGACGAUUGAGCUAUUUCCCAAGUAUGGUCACUUAUUGCUUUCCGGUAGCAUGGACAACACUGUGCGUAUCUGGGACGUCUACAAUGAGCGAAAAUGUCAACGAGUGUAUGAAGGCCACUCGGGUGCCGUGCGUGGCAUAAAUUUAAGUGCUGACGGACGGCAGUUCUUGAGCUGCAGCUUUGAUCGAUUCAUACAGUUGUGGGACACGGAAACAGGACAGACAGUGAAUUCAUUUACGACACGACGGGUGCCAUACUGCGUCAAGUUCUAUCCUUUGGAUAACACGCAGUUUGUUGUGGGUGACUCAAACAACAUGGUAGUGCAGUUUGACACUCGGUCGGGCGAGAUCGUGCAGGAAUAUAACCAUCACUUGCAGGCUGUAAACUCAGUUACGUUUGUUGACGACAACAAGCGUUUUGUGAGUACCUCCGAUGACAAGAAGCUGCUGGUGUGGGAAUGGGGCAUUCCGGUGCCAAUCAAGUACAUUUCAGAGCCAAGCAUGCACUCGAUGCCAGCCGUGACCCUUCACCCAAGCGGUAGUUUCUUUGCUGGCCAGUCACUCAACAACCAGAUCGAUGUCUACUCUGCACGUGAUAAGUUCAAGGCUAACCGUAAGAAGGUGUUUAAGGGCCACCAGAAUGCUGGAUACGCAUGCCAGAUUGGAUUUUCUCCCAAUGGCCAGUAUGUCAUGUCAGGCGAUGGAGAAGGCAAGCUGGUGUUUUGGGACUGGAAAUCGACAAAGAUGAUAAAGAAGCUGCGAGCUCAUGACCGAGGACCGACAAUGGGCGCCAUCUGGCAUCCACUUGAGCCUAGUAAGGUGAUCUCGUGCGGUUGGGAUGGCCUUAUCAAGUAUUGGGAUUAG